AUGAAUGUGAGUCUCUACCGUCUCUUGUCCGAAACCGCCUCUACCCCGCUAACUACCCGAUAUCAGAUCAUAGAAUGGGCUUUCGGCAAACGCAUGACCCCGGCCGAGAGGCUACGUAAACACCAACGUGCUCUGGAAAAGACGCAACGAGAACUCGACCGUGAGCGUGUAAAGCUUGAGAAUCAAGAGAAAAAGCUUGUGGCAGACAUCAAGAAGAGCGCAAAGAGUGGGCAAAUUGGAGCCUGCAAGAUCCAGGCGAAGGAUCUGGUCAGGACGAGGAGGUAUAUUCAGAAGUUCUACCAGAUGAGGACGCAGUUGCAGGCUAUUAGUUUGAGGAUACAGCAGACCGUCCGGAGCAAUGAACAGAUGAUGCAAUCCAUGAAAGGUGCUACCAUGCUACUUGGGAGCAUGAAUCGCCAAAUGAACUUGCCGGCCCUACAGCGAAUUGCUAUGGAGUUUGAACGCGAGAACGAUAUCAUGGAUCAGCGCCAGGAGAUGAUGGAUGAUGCCAUUGACGAUGUCACCGGCUUGGAGGACGAAGAGGAAGGGGAGGAAGUGGUGAAUCAGGUGCUGGAUGAAAUUGGUGUCGAUUUGAACAACGCGCUUGGGGAAACGCCGACUGGGAUACAGAAGGCGGCAGUCCCGGAAGGCCGCGUUGCUCAGGCUAUAGGUGGCGGAGGCCAGGAUGAUGAUUUGCAAGCUCGUUUGGAUAGUCUUCGAAAGUAA